AUGGCUCUUCAUUCUCACAACAAGUGUUCUCAUAGUACUCAUAUCAGACAGUUCAUUAGCAAGGAAAUCAUUAUGGGUUUUAUUAUGCAUGAAGUCAUGACAUUCACAGAUAUUAAGAAACUUUUCACAAUCAUUAAAUUCAAUAUUGUGAAUACAUCUGCUCUAAUGAAUAUCUUCAGUAUGAUUAAUCUGUAUCAGUCUAUUCUCUGA